AUGAUCAUAACUAUCCUCCUCAGUCUUCUCGCCUUCCUAACCUUCUCGCCAUCCACAACCGCUCUCACCGUCCAUCGAAGCGGCGAUACUCUUCCCUAUGCCCUAACACCAUGGCAAUUCAAAGGCGAGAUCGACGGAAACUACUUUGAAUACAACGGUACCAUCGAGCAAGCCUUCGCCGCCUACGCAGCCCUCCACCCCUCCUUCAACCUCACGGCCUACCUGGACACUCCUCACACCGAAUCCGCUCACCUUUCUAACACCACUACCCUGAGCCGGCGCAACAAAGACGGCAGAAGCUGCUGCAGAAACAACGCGCAGGGUUGGAAAUACGCCAGCACUGACCGCAUCCAGGAGGGCAUCAGAUAUCUCCAACGAUUCGAUAUCUGCGACGUCGGUCCGCGGACGUGCAAUCAGAUCUCGUGCUCGUACGACUCGGCCAUCAUCUUGUGCAAUGAUAAUAAUUACGGCAUAAGACCGAAUUGCAGGUACAUCGCUAGUUAUGCCACGGAUCUCGUCACUUGGUGUAAUUGGGAAAUGUUUACUCAGGUUUGUGGCCAGGAGUUCGAUACGGAUCACUAUAAUGUUGUGGUGAGGAAGCCGGAUAGACAUUGUUAG